AUGGACCCCAGGCAAGCAUUACAAACGAUCGGCAAAAGUGGCGUUCUUUCCGUCGGAUCUGCCGAGCAGAUCUCGGAACUGUCAGUCACUCUCAGAGACACAAAGUACCAGUCGGACAUUGGCAAGGUGCUUCCUGAGAUCUGCGAGGUGUUUGAUCUACCCGCAUCCACCGACAACCUCAUUGUUGUGUCCUACUUACGCAUCAUCGGCAACUGCGUGAGUGAAAAUGAGGUCAAUAGAGCCAUUUUGUUGGACGUGUGGCUCAACCAGGACUCCUUCAGACACUACAUGAGCUCAUUGGUGAAGACUAAGAACUCGAUGGCCCUUCCCUUCUACUCGGCAGUGCUCUUCAACUGGGCCAAUGGCGAAGACCCCGACGUCAAGGAGGAACUGGUUCACAGUCAGGAGUUCACCCAGGGACUGGUGUUGCUGUUUGAAACCCUGACAGAUACCGACUUUGUAUCGAUAGGCACUCUGCUGACCAUGCUGCAAAUGUGGGUGAUUGGUCGACUAAAACUGGACCCCAGAAUCCUCGCGGCGGUCUACCAAUAUCUGCUGAAUUGUACCCAGAAAGACUCCAAUGUUCCGGGAGCCACAGAGCUGCUUCUGGUCAUGGUCAACGACGAGGAAACAGGAAAGAUGGUGGAAUUUGACAAACUGUACAAGCUGGUAGUGGAUUUAUCGCAGGACAAUCCCGAUGACGCUCUUUUGGCCCCUCUUGAUCUCAGAAGAGCCCUCUACACCGCUCUGGUGUGUGCUUCGGAAGGUAUCAACAUGAACCAGCUCGAGUUUGUGUACCAAUUGAAAGAUCUCAAGUUCUGGGACCCUCAAUUGGCCGGAAUUGGGCCCUCCUGUUGGAUUGCGGUGACUAGUACUCUGAUUACUAAUGAGUCAGAUCUGGCCACUGUGCUGACAAAGUACCCGCAUCUGAUUGAAGAGUCGCUGUUUCUGCUCCAAACUGGCCAGUACACGGACCAGUUGCAGUCGGGAGGCCACUUCCUCAAACUGGCGUCCAACAAGAAGGAUUAUUGUGUGGAAUUGGCAGCUAGUCCACUGCUCAAACAAGGACUUACCAAUCUGCUGGCUUUCCCUUACAUUCCCGAACUGAGACUUUUGGGAGCCCAGAUUCUGCUCAAUGUCGUCAAACACGUCUCUGACAAGGACACUGACGCUCUAUUGAAGACCCUGGGAGCCCAGUUUUACAAAAAUGAAGCAGACGCUCAUAUCAAGUCUGUACUACAAACCGCCCUUUCAUACUGCUCGGAUAUGGAUCGAGACAUGCUUGACCAUGUAAUCGACGGGCUGGCCGGGCCCAUUACCCCCCGAACCAUGCGAAUCACCACCGUUGUCGGUGUUCAUGCUGCCAAGUUAGAUGAGGCCCAGCGAAAGAAGGUGCUCGCCUUUUUGGAAAAGUGCACCGAGCUGGACAAGUCCGACCAGCUCAACAAGGGCGUGGUGAACAACGCCGCGUAUAUUUGCAAGGUGGGUGAUUUCGGCGAUGACCUCCUUCGCAAACUCAUUUGA